UCAUAGAUUAAUGAACAAGUUGCUAACUUUGGAAAAAGAAAGUAUACAAAUAUGAAAUCUAAAAAUAAAUUAUCAUUUUGAGAUUGAGUUUGAGUUUGGUAUAUUACGAAAAAACAUAACUGCCACCCUUAUUUGCAAAUUGUGAUAUCAUUAUAGAUUAUAGUCUGAGUAUCUUGAAAGAAAAAGAAGAAAGUGAAAUAUGAGUAGCAAUAUUGGAAGGAAUGAGAUUAUUGCAUGGAUUAAUGCCAAACUUCAUCUCAAUCUUACUAAGAUUGAACAGGCUGCUUCAGGUGUUGUGCAGUGUCAAUUGAUAGACAUGACUUUUCCAGGGGUUGUUCCUAUGCAUAAGGUACAUGUUGAUGCAAAGACAGAAUAUGAUAUGAUCCAAAACUAUAAAGUGUUGCAGGAUGUAUUUAACAAACUGAAAAUCGAUAAGCAUAUCGAAGUUAACAGACUUAUCAAGGGACGACCGUUGGACAAUUUGGAGUUUUUACAAUGGUUGAAACGCUAUUGUGAUUCUGCAAAUGAUGGCAUCGUCAAUGAGAACUAUAAUCCGGUAGAACGUAGAAGUAAGUUUUCUAAGGCAAAAAGCAUAAAGAGUUCCCAGAAAAACUUGAAAUCUUUACAAACAAAGAACUCCCGCAACCCUGAGUCAGAUGCACCCCGGAAGAUUUCUGUAGGGACAAAACAAAGAAAAACAGGUGUAGUUGCAGUGGAGUCUGUUGCUUCAGAUGAGAUCCGGGUAUCGUCUAAUGAGAUCAAGGAGACGAAGCUUUCCAUGAACCUUUUAAAGAAAGAAAGAGAUUAUUAUUACUCAAAACUUCGAGAUAUUGAGAUACUUUUUCAAUCCCCUCAAGUGCAAAAUAUCCCGAUGGUUGUGGCAGUAAAAAAGAUACUUUAUGCUGUAGAUGACGAGUCAGGACUUGCUGAAGCUCAAGAAAUUUUAUCUGCCAAACGAUGAAGAAUUGUUGGUGAUUGUGUAAACUAACCAGACUGCAGUAUGUGUAAAACACACUAACAGAUAGUUUACCUGAAUUUGUUCUUUCCAGUUUUGCAUGUAAGUUAAGAUGUCUUGGGCUACCUUCCAGAGAAGAACAUAUCUUUGAAGUAAACUUUUAUAUGCAUACUUUGCCCAAUUAUUUGCAAUGUGUACCA